UGACGUUGACGUCAUCGCCCCCGCGCCGGGUCAUCCUGACUUGGCUUCCGCGGGAUCCUGGAGGUGGCUUAGGUGCCUUAUAUUCAGGUUUUGUACAGUUCGCGGUCUUCUCUCCACAGACUCCCUGGGCCUCGCCUCCGACUUCCCGAUGUACCACAACAGUAGCCAGAAGAGGCACUGGACUUUCGCCAGCGAGGAGCAGCUGGCGCGGUUGCGGGCUGACGCCAAUCGCAAAUUCAAAUGCAAAGCGGUGGCGAACGGGAAGGUUCUUCCAAAUGACCCAGUCUUUCUUGAGCCUCAUGAAGAAAUAACGCUCUGCAAAUAUUAUGAGAAAAGAUUAUUGGAAUUCUGUUCGGUGUUUAAGCCAGCAAUGCCAAGAUCUGUUGUGGGUACAGCUUGUAUGUAUUUCAAGCGCUUUUAUCUUAACAACUCAGUAAUGGAAUAUCACCCCCGGAUAAUAAUGCUCACUUGUGCAUUUCUGGCUUGCAAAGUAGAUGAAUUCAAUGUGUCUAGUCCCCAGUUUGUUGGAAAUCUGCGGGAGAGCCCUCUUGGACAAGAGAAAGCACUCGAACAGAUUCUGGAAUAUGAACUGCUUCUUAUACAGCAACUUAAUUUCCACCUUAUUGUCCACAAUCCUUAUAGACCCUUUGAGGGCUUUCUCAUUGAUUUAAAGACUCGCUAUCCCCUGUUGGAGAAUCCAGAGAUUUUGAGGAAAACAGCUGAUGACUUUCUUAAUAGAGUUGCAUUGACGGAUGCUCACCUUUUAUACACACCUUCCCAGAUUGCUCUGACUGCCAUUUUAUCUAGUGCAUCCAGAGCAGGAAUUACUAUGGAAAGUUAUUUAUCAGAAAGUCUUAUGCUCAAGGAGAACAGAACUUCCCUGUCACAAUUAUUAGAUAUAAUGAAAAGCAUGAGGAACUUGGUAAAAAAAUACGAACCACCCAGACCUGAAGAAGUUGCUGCUCUGAAACAGAAGCUGGAGAGGUGUCACUCUGCUGAGCUCGCGCUUAAUGUAGUUACGAAGAAGAGAAAAGGUUAUGAAGAUGAUGAUUAUGUUUCAAAGAAAUCCAAACAUGAGGAGGAAGAAUGGACUGACGAUGACCUGGUAGAUUCUCUCUAGCCAUUUGAAAUUGAUUUGCCAAUGCUAACUAAUCAUCAGAUGGAUGAAGCAUGUCUGGCAUUUAACUUUAUUUAUGAAAGCAUGAAAAUAUAUUAAACUUUUCUAUUUAUGUUAUUUAAAAUUUUUUCCUUUCAGGGUAGCUUUAUGUGAAAUAAAACAUCUUCAAAGGAGCCAGAGUAACACCAGGUUUGGGUAAUCUUACCCCAUCAUGACUGAUAUCUAAUUAAAGCUAUAAUUUGCCAAUGUUGUUUUAUAUAAAGUGUCACAAAUCUAACAUCUGUUUAUUAAAAAGAUACCACAAAAAAAACAAACUUAGUAGUUUUAUAGGUGCUAAGGAAUGUUGGUUGUUAUAGCAUUUUAGUUAACUGUGAUCUUAGUUUCUAGAGUUGAAACCAAAUUAUGAUGGUCAGUCAGUUUUUUUGGCUAGAAAAUGGGGUUAAAGAAAUUCUUAGAAACUCAAUUGUCCUGAAUCUGAAUUUUCCAGAUACACACGUCUCCCAGUGUCAGUGCAUCCCAGGACACACCUUUCCAUAAAAUAUAGGUGCCAUUUCAUUACAAUUCAGAUUUUGAAAGUAAAAUUUUACAUAUAUGCAUAUUCUUUAAUAAUUUUUUGUAUUUCAGGCUUGAGCUUUUUGGCUUUAGUUUCCUUCUCACUGACAAAUGAGAGGAAUAAAAUUUGCUGAGUGUGACCCCAUGAAGGUGAAGGGGGAGAAGCCGAGACUUCCGACCCUCCGGGACAGUCCAGAUGAAGUAGCAGUGCUCCAGGCUCUAGCCAGGAGGCACAGUGUCCACAGUUAAGGAGCGGGUUUGUCUCUUAGGUCACUAAAGUUUGGCAUCAGGGCAAGGUCCGCAUUUACCUCUGAAGAUUUUCCUACCAAGCCCCUUAAAAAAAAAAAAAUUCAGAGGUUUUAUUUCAUCAUUGAUCAGCUAAGUGGCUAAGUCCUACAAAGGUAAUAACAAAUCUUUUAUUGCAAUUUUAAGAGAGAAGUAUGUCAUUAAAAUAUGAAAAGCAGGGUAUCUUUACGUUUGUAGGUUUUUUUUUUUUUAAUAAAUAAAAGGCAGGAGUAGUAGUUGAGAUCAGGAAAGGGCAGAUAGGUUAGUAUGGUUAAAACUGAGGUGUGAGUAGAGGGAGAGAACCAAAUUGCCAAGCACUCUAAUCUGGACCUUUUUAUUUCCAAAAUGUUUUCAGAGAUAUCACUAGUCUGUAUCCCUUCUAGUAUCCUAGAACACCAAAGGAGGCCACAUGGCAUACCAUUGUCUAGCUGAAAAGAAAGGAACACAGGAUAUGCUGAGUAUUUUGGUAUCACUGUUCAACUUGUAAAAUUGCAGCUCCUUUAGGGCUAGUUACCUCCAUACAAAUAACAGCAUUUAAUAUUAAUACUUAAAAUUAUACUAUGUAGAAAUUUUGUGAACCCUUGGUUUUAACACUUUAUUCUAUCCCUCUAAUGCUUAAAAUACAGGAAGAAAUAUUGUCGCUGUUAGAACGUAGGCCUUCAGAAAAUUUUUCCUUAUUGUGGGAAAUGCUUUUCUCAAUAUGUUCUUGUUUAGAACCACCUUCUAUGUAUGCCUUGUCUCCCCUGGACAAUUAUGGGAGGGAAAGAAUUGUUAACAAAUACAUAAUAAAUUAAUAAAACCCUUCAAGAGACCCUUAGCCAGAAAAAAAAAAAAGCUGAAAUCUCAUCUUCUCCCUGACCCUUGCUCUGGUACUAAAUUUUGAGCUGUCCCUAAAGGAGGAAGAAAAUAAUGAAAUUAAAUGUUUAGCUGUAUUUAGACAGAAGUAAUCAAUUUUAAGAUAUCCCUUGGUUUUAUUUUAACUUAACCCUGUGAAUAAUUCACAAAAAUACACAUACAGAAGCAAAUAAAACUAUACAGUCAACCUAAAUAUCCAGCAGAUACAAGAAGUAGUCAGAAGGUCAAAGAUGUUGGAUAGUUGUUCAGUGGCUGAUGAAAUUGUUCACAUAAUUUAAAAAAUCAACUUGGAAUUAAUGAAUAUGUUCAACGAAAGUAUUCUAGGUUUUUUUUUUUAACAUACAAAAGAAAUUGGUCAUUUAUAAAUGGUUGAAUGGGUAACAUGCAUUGAUCAGUACACAAUGACCAAUAAUAUUUAUUGAAUUCAAACUAUUUACUGUUGUAAACAUUAAACAAAAGCAUGAGAUCUAAAUACAGUCUUUGACAAUUCCAACAAAAUAAGUGGUACGUUUAAAAAAUAAAGCUGAUGAGCAAUAGAUUCACUCUAUAUAUUUUCUUUCAACAGUUCCAGCAGAGAUAGCACAGUUAUUUUAAAAAAAGUAUACAGCAAGGAUUGUUCCUAUUGUAAUGGCAAAUUCUGGAAACUGUAAAUACAAAUAAAGUCAUUGAACAGUCA